AUAUGAAGUUUACAUUUUCUAUUACUUCCUGUUAAGCUUUUUCCGAUGUUUGAUGUUUUCAAUUGGUUACCGACAACGUACGGUAUGAUGGUACGACAACGUAACGUACGUAAGGCACGCAAAACAAACAAAAAAUCCGUGAAUACCCGCAAGCAGAAAGAAGUGCGGCUAUAAACACGAGGCUCCACAAUGCAUGCGAGCAGCAAGUAUGUUGUGUAUGCGUAUGCUCUGUUGAACAACUCGAAUCAUUAUGGAUUUUCUAUGUUUCAAUGUAAGCCGACGGUUAUAAGUAGCAUGACAUGGAUAUGCUGGAAAGCAGUAAGAUUCACAAUGAUGUAUGCAUGUACCUCACGAUACGAUAGGUAUGGAUGGCAAAACGAAUUCAUAGUUUGAAAGACAGGCUCUAGGCUCAAGUGGACAAAACAUGAAAGACGAAGACGACGACAGCUAGUAAUGAGUAAUUGUGGAUGGCACACGACACAGGGUAGCAAUGAAUUGAAGAUGAAUGAUGGAGGAUAAAAGAAUGAAAGUCACAACCGUGCUGGCUGAAAUAGUGUAAUUCCAGCUCUAUGUUUAAUCCCUAUCUCAUUAACAUGUAUGAUGGCUGCUGUUGCAGCGAUACAACGGGAAAAUUAUGGCGGCUUAUUUUAUUCUGUACCUCUGUUGAAACAGCCCCCUGCUCUACGACGCACCGCGCCAUUUUAGUUGGGGAUGGAUGAUAUUAGGAUAUAGUUGUGAUGAUGAUGGGGUAUUCCAGGCGAACCGUGUAUGUAUGUAUGAUUAAAUCUGUUUAUUUUUUGUUUUCGACUAUUUGCGACUUCCGUUUAGGCAAAAUAUGCGUUAGUAGAAUCAUUAUUAUUAGGGUCUCUCUUGCAUAUGUGCUCAUGUACGCAGAGCUAGGUCUGAGUGUUGCGAGGACGCGAGAAAGUGGACCUCCUAAGGAUAUAUCAUUUCACACCGGACGCGCCGGAACAUGUGCGCCGUAAUCGAGGAAAUCUGGGAGAUGCAGGAUCAAAUGCUCUGCGUGAAACACAGAAGAAAGCGUAUUCUCGCGUUUGGGGGUGUGUCCUUAUUCCGCAGUGAACCCAUAACAGACACAAACAAAAAAGGUAUAUUUUAAACCACGAAGUAAGCAUUAACGGGAAAACAUCCUUCUUUUUUUGAAAAUGCAAUAAAAAUAAAUUAUUGAUAUUCAAAUAAAUCCGA